AUGUCUCUGCUUUCAGUGGACGAGUCUCAAAAUUGUAGCACAAAAAAUGUGGAUUCUUCGAGUAGUGUGUUUGAAUUGGAAGAAUUUGAUUUCUCAAGAUUACCUGAUCGUCCUCGAACUUUGAAUAUGGACAGACAGCGAUCUCUCGAUGAAAGGUCCCUUGCUGAGAUUCCAAUCGGGUUGUCUCCACAUCCCCCUUCUAGAGCUGACAACUUCAAUCGAGUUCUCGACCAUUUAGAUAUUAUAUUUUCACCCGGUAGAAUAUCCGGGUUCAGUACUCCUAGUCCUAGGUCGCACUUUGUUUAUGAGCCACACCCCAUGACUGCAGAGGCUUGGGAAACUUUAAGGCGUUCUUUGGUGUACUUUCGCGGUCGGCCUGUAGGGACAAUUGCUGCUUUGGAUAACUCUGAAGAAAAACUCAACUAUGAUCAGGUGUUCGUCAGGGACUUUGUUCCAAGUGCACUGGCUUUUCUGAUGAAUGGGGAACCUGAAAUUGUAAAAAACUUUAUCCUCAAGACUCUUCGUCUUCAGUCAUGGGAGAAAAAGAUUGACCGAUUCCAACUGGGAGAAGGUGUGAUGCCUGCGAGUUUCAAAGUAUUACAUGAUCCUGUAAGGAAUACUGAAACAUUGAUUGCAGAUUUUGGUGAGAGUGCCAUUGGGAGAGUGGCUCCUGUAGAUUCUGGCUUUUGGUGGAUCAUACUACUUCGGGCCUACACGAAGUCUACUGGUGACUCUUCUUUGGCUGAGAUGCCUGAAUGCCAAAAGGGUAUGCGCCUGAUACUCAGUUUAUGCCUUUCAGAAGGAUUCAACACAUUCCCGACACUUCUUUGUGCUGAUGGAUGCUGUAUGAUUGAUCGUAGAAUGGGUGUUUAUGGAUACCCAAUUGAGAUACAAGCACUCUUCUUCAUGGCUCUAAGAUGCGCCUUGGUUUUACUCAAGCAAGAUACUCAAGGAAAGGAGUUCAUAGAACGAAUUAUCAAGCGUCUACAUGCGUUGAGCUACCAUAUAAGAAAUUACUUUUGGCUGGAUUUGAAGCAGCUUAAUGAUAUAUAUCGAUAUAAAACAGAGGAGUAUUCUCACACAGCAGUCAACAAGUUCAAUGUCAUGCCUGAUUCUCUGCCAGAAUGGGUUUUUGAUUUUAUGCCAAUGCACGGAGGCUAUUUCAUUGGAAAUGUCGCCCCUUCAAGAAUGGAUUUCCGUUGGUUUUGCUUGGGCAAUUGCAUUGCUAUACUUUCAUCCUUAGCAACGCCUGAACAGGCAACAGCCAUUAUGGAUCUUAUUGAAUCACGCUGGGAGGAGUUGGUUGGAGACAUGCCUCUAAAAGUUUGUUAUCCAGCCAUACAGAACCAUGACUGGCGGAUUGUAACAGGAUAUGAUCCAAAAAAUACUAGAUGGAGCUACCACAAUGGAGGAUCGUGGCCAGUGCUUCUAUGGCUUCUCACAGCAGCGUGUAUCAAGACAGGGCGCCCCCAAAUUGCUAGACGAGCCAUUGAACUUGCUGAAGCCAGGUUGUCAAAAGAUGGCUGGCCAGAAUACUAUGACGGAAAACUUGGUCGUUAUAUUGGGAAGCAGGCUCGGAGAUACCAAACAUGGUCCAUUUCUGGCUAUUUGGUUGCCAAAAUGAUGCUCGAAGACCCUUCACAUUUGGGCAUUCAGGGUAAGAUGAGGGAUUACCAACUUGCUGGUUUGAAUUGUCUCAUAAGGCUGUACGAGAAUGGCAUCAAUGGCAUACUUGCUGAUGAAAUGGGGCUUGGUAAAACAUUGCAGACAAUUUCCUUGCUAGGGUAUUUGCACGAAUUUAGAGGAAUAACUGGCCCUCACGUGGUUGUUGCUCCAAAAUCUACACUUCGGUAUUGUUGUGUUGGUGGUGGUAUUUGUUGA